CUUCCCAAAAGGAAAAAGACUCCAAGUCCGACCACUCUAAAGCAACAAUGACUGCACAAAACGAUGUUUUGCCCCACCAGGGUCACCGCGGCACCUUCUUGUUCACCUCCGAGUCCGUAGGCGAGGGCCAUCCCGACAAGAUUUGCGAUCAGGUUUCAGAUGCCAUUCUCGAUGCCUGCUUGAAGGAGGACCCCCUCUCCAAGGUCGCCUGUGAAACGGCGACCAAGACGGGUAUGGUCAUGGUGUUUGGCGAAAUCACCACCAAGGCCCACCUCGACUACCAGAAGAUCAUCCGCGGCGCCAUCAAGGAUAUCGGCUACGACAGCUCUGACAAGGGUUUCGACUACAAGACCUGCAACGUGCUCGUCGCCAUUGAGCAGCAGUCGCCCGACAUUGCUCAGGGCCUGCACUACGAUGAGGCUCUGGAGAAGCUGGGUGCUGGUGAUCAGGGUAUCAUGUUCGGAUAUGCCACCGAUGAGACCCCUGAGCUGCUGCCCUUGACUCUUCUCCUCUCGCACAAGCUCAACUCCGCCAUGAAGGAGGCGCGCAACAACGGCACCCUUCCCUGGUUGCGACCGGACACCAAGACCCAGGUCACUGUCGAGUAUGCCCACGAUGGCGGUGCCGUUGUUCCUCUGCGCGUUGACACUGUCGUCGUCUCUGCGCAGCACAGCGAAGCCAUCACCACCGAGGAGCUCCGCAAGGAGAUCCUGGAGAAGAUCGUCAAGAAGGUGAUUCCCGCCAAGUACCUUGAUGACAAGACCACCUACCACAUUCAGCCUUCUGGUCAAUUCAUCAUCGGCGGACCCCAGGGUGAUGCUGGUCUCACCGGCCGUAAGAUCAUUGUUGAUACCUACGGCGGCUGGGGAGCCCACGGUGGUGGUGCUUUCUCCGGCAAGGACUACUCCAAGGUCGAUCGUUCCGCGGCCUACCUUGCGCGCUGGAUCGCGAAGUCUCUUGUCAACGCCAAGUUGGCUCGCCGCUGCCUUGUCCAGCUCUCCUACGCCAUUGGUGUUGCCGAGCCCCUGUCCCUCUUCGUUGAGACCUAUGGCACCUCAGACAAGACCUCUGAUGAGCUCGUGGCCAUCAUCGAGAAGAAUUUCGACAUGCGCCCGGGUGUCAUCGUCAAGGAGCUCAACCUGACCAACCCCAUUUACUUCCAGACCGCCAAGAACGGUCACUUCACGAACCAGGAAUUCGCCUGGGAGAAGCCCAAGAAGCUUGAGUUCUAAUUCUGUAAAACACGAAAUAGAAUGAGUGGAGAAUCAACUUCUUCCACUGGGCCAUAGAUUUACGAUGGUAUGAAUGCAUCUACGGCGGGCAGCAUAAG